UCUGUUUAUAACAUACGGCAUAGCAUCCGCCAGAAAGUGUAGUAACGGAAAUGGCAAGAGACUCAGAUUAUGGAGCUUUCAUGGAGAAGUUCCUGCUCCAACCAAGCUCUUCACCUCAUGAGCUUCCCUUGAAUUCCCUCACCUUUGCCAUUAAAGACAUAUUUGAUGUGGAUGGAUAUGUGACUGGGUUUGGAAAUCCUGACUGGUUGAGAACUCAUGCGGCUGCCACAUCAACAGCACCAGCCGUUUUGGCCGUGUUAAGGGGAGGUGCCACAUGCAUUGGUAAAACUGUCAUGGAUGAAAUGGCAUACAGUAUAAAUGGAGUAAACAUACAUUAUGGAACACCUAGAAAUCCAUGUGUGCCUGAUCGGAUACCAGGAGGAUCUUCCAGCGGGUCUGCUGUUGCAGUUGGUGCAAAGCUUGUAGAUUUCGCCUUAGGAACCGACACUGGAGGAAGUGUAAGAGUACCUGCAUCAUAUUGUGGAAUUCUGGGGUUUCGGCCUUCACAUGAUGCCAUCUCUACUGCUGGAGUUACUCCCAUGGCACAAAGUUUUGAUACAGUGGGAUGGUUUGCCAGGAACCCUGUCAUUUUGAAUAAAGUUGGACGAGUACUAUUGAAUUUACCAGAUGUGGAUCCUAUUAGUCCCACUCAGAUAAUUAUUGCCGAGGAUUGUUUCCAGCUUUCAACUAUUCCAAGUGAUCGAGUUUCUCAACCUCUUAUUAAAUCAGUGGAAAAGUUAUUUGGGGGUCAUCUUUUAAAGCAUGCAAUCCUAGGGGACUAUGUCAAGGACAAAGUUCCAAGCUUAAAACCUUUCUUGAGUGGAGGAAAGGCAGAUCAAGAGCAUAAUAUACCACCUUUAGCUGCACUUUCAAGUGCCAGGCAGUUACUUCAGAGGUAUGAAUUCAAGAUUAACCAUGGCGAGUGGGUUUCUACUGUAAAACCUGAUCUGGGUCCUGAGAUAUCAGAGCGGGUAUUGGCAGCCCUUAAGACAACUGAUGUCAAUGUGGAUAUCUGCCACUCAGUAAAGACUGAAUUACGGGCCGCUCUUAUUGCUCUUCUAGGGGAUUUUGGUGUCCUUGCAAUCCCCACAGUUCCAGGGCCUCCACCAAAAUUACAAACAGAUCCAGCUCCAUUGGAAGCAUUCUGCGCAAAAGCUUUUAGCUUGCUCUCGAUUGCUGGGUUAUCCGGAUUCUGCCAGGUGAGCAUACCACUAGGGCUGUAUGAUAAUCUUCCUGUGGCAAUAUCCUUGUUGGCCAAACAUGGUUCAGAUGGGUUCCUGCUUAAUCUUGUUAAAACUUUGUAUGACACUCUCGAAAAAGAGGUUGGAAUUGCUGAGAGAACGAGUUACUGAACUCUGCCUCAUCUGAUCAUGGUCUCGUCCUCUAAUAUUUAAUUAAGCAUCAAAGUAUUACAAGGAUGAGUUCCAAGGUCAUUUCCACAGGGACAACAAUGUUCAAGAAGAGCAAGCAUAUAAUAAGUUACGUUUGUGUGAGGAACUUGUUUGUGAAAGGGCUAUCUACACAGCCAAUAAGAGAAACAAGAAAAGUAUGUUUGUGUAAUGUUCAUGAAGAGCAAGCAUAUGAUAAGUUGCAUUUGUGUGAGGAACUUGUUUGUGAAAGGGCUAUUUACACAGCUAAUAAGAGAAAGAAGAAAAGUAUGUUUGUGUACUGAUAUGGAGUGUUGUAUUAAUGAAGAAUGGUUAAGAUCUUUUCUCUAGUUUUUUAAA